UAAGACACCCGCGGCAAUUUCAUUCAUGGCGUCAGAGAGCGAAAGCGAAAGUAACAUUGGAUUAGCUGCCGGCGCGUGGCAGCUUAGUCUUCCGGUGUUGGUAAGAGGACAAGGCGUGACUUCAACGUCAAAUGAAGGAAAUUUGAUGGAACUUGAGAGAGAAGAAGCAAGUCGAUCAGCAUUCAAGCCCGAUUUCCUAUCUCUUAGUCACGCGGUGCACUUUCCGAACACUCUGACGUCAUCAGUCAGUGAAACAGCUGAUACAAACACAAGUUACAACCAAUCGGUGUUGGCUGAUGGACAGAGUUCGUUCAGCUGCGAGGAAGAGAUGGCUCAACUUGACGAGAUAAACGCACAGUUGAAUGAAAUCAAAGACACCAUUCUUGAUACAACAAUUCGUUCUCAUCUGCUGAACAUCGAUUUAGUCGCUCAGUUCAAUCCUCAUACUGUGGAGGCUCUCAACAAGACAGUAGCGGAAUGUAAAGCUUGUAUAGCAAGACUGGAGGAAAUCUGAUGACAACAAUUAUUGGUAAGAAACUAAGUAGAUACAGAAACUGCAAGAAAGAUACAGAAAUAUAGCGUAACGCAUAAUAAUAUGAUUGAAAACAAGAGCAUGAGGUGAUUGCUGUAUUUCUUCAUUUUGUUGCGGAGAGAAGAAAGCACGAAAAGAAAAAAACAUGCUUUCUUCUCUUCUCCUACUCUUUA